GCAGGCCAGGGAAGCUGGCUUCACUUCCGGGCCGCAGUCUGGGGCGGCUGCGACUGUUGCCAUAGCUACCGUUUUACGUUAACUGGUUUGCAGUUCUCAUCCAGGUGGCCCCAGCAACCUUUUCCCCGACUCCCUCUAGGCUUCCUGAAGCCGGAAGGCCUUAGCCAGCUCCCGGAAUUUGGCCUGGGGAUCUGCGUCGCCCCGUGGGGGCGGGAUGGCUACGGAAGAAGAGGACGAGGUGGAAUGGGUGGUGGAGAGCAUCGCGGGGUUCCUGCGAGGCCCCGACUGGUCCAUCCCCAUCUUGGACUUUGUGGAGCAGAAAUGUGAAGUUUUUGAUGAUGAGGAAGAAAGCAAAUUGACUUAUACAGAGAUUCAUCAGGAGUACAAAGAGCUUGUUGAAAAGCUGUUAGAAAGUUACCUCAAAGAAAUUGGAAUUAAUGAAGAUCAAUUUCAAGAAGCAUGUACUUCUCCUCUUGCCAAGACUCGAACAUCACAGGCCAUUUUGCAACCUGUGUUGGCAGCAGAAGAUUUUACUAUCUUUAAAGCAAUGAUGGUCCAGAAAAACAUUGAAAUGCAGUUGCAAGCCAUUCGAAUAAUUCAAGAGAGAAAUGGUAUGUUACCUGACUGCUUGACUGAUGGUUCUGAUGUGGUCAGUGACCUUGAACAGGAAGAGAUGAAAAUCCUGAGGGAAGUUCUUAGAAAAUCAAAAGAGGAAUAUGACCAGGAGGAAGAAAGGAAGAGAAAAAAAAAGUUAUUAGAGGCUAAAACAGAAGAGCCCCCAGUACAUACUAGUGAAGCUGCAAAAAUGAGCAAUUCCCAAGGGGAUGGUGAACAUUUUGAACACCCACCCUCAGAAGUUAAAGUGCAUUUUGCUAAUCCAUCAGUGCAACCUUUGGCAAGAAAAGUGGAAAUGAUGCCUGAAACUUCCUCCUUCCCACAAAAAAGCCUGAAGAUUCCUGGCUUAGAACAUGCAAACAUUGAAGGACCAAUAGCAAACUUGUCAGCUCUUGGAACAGAAGAGCUGCGGCAACGAGAGCACUAUCUCAAGCAGAAGAGAGACAAGUUGAUGUCCAUGAGAAAGGAUAUAAGGACUAAGCAGGUCCAAAAUACAGAGCAAAAAGGAAAGCCUGCGGGGGAGGUAGAGGAAAUGACAGAGAAACCAGAAAUGACAGCAGAGGAGAAACAAACACUACUAAAGAGGCGAUUGCUUGCAGAGAAACUUAAAGAAGAAGUUAUUAAUAAGUAAUAAUUAAAAAUUAGCAAAAGUCCAAAUUUUCUUAAAAAUAAAUUAUUAAUUCUUAAACCAAGACUGUUAGUUUUAAGUAAAUACCUGCUUUUCUAAAUGCAAAUAUAAGCUCAUCAUAGUAAACAUUUGAAAUGAAGGACAGUGCAUAAGGCAGCUACUUGUACUAAUUAAUUUAAUACAAAUUUUGGGGUAAUGUUUUCUCUUAGAGGGUAUAGAAACUAGUUGAUAAUGCGUUCAUUCAUUCUGACUUGGACACCUACAAGUAGAUUAAAGGGAUUUCUGUUUUCCUGGAGUUUGUGAAGAAUGCCCAAAGAGCAAAGUGUUAAGAAAGGAAGAGUGCAAGCUGGGUGACACACACCUGUAAUACCAGCUACUUGGGAGGCUCAGGCAGGAUAAUUGUUAGUUUGAGGCCAGCCUAGGCAACUAAGCUAGACCCUGUCUCAAAAAUAAAAAGGGUAGGGAUGAAGCUCAGUGCCAGAGCACCCCUGGGUUCAAUCUCUAGUAGCACCAAAUUCCUUUUUAAUUUUUUAAACUAUUAUUUUUAAAAAUAAUAGUUUAAAAAAUUAAAAAGGAAUAGUGAAGAGUACCAUAAAGCAGGCUGGUUAAACUUCCUUGAGCAAGUAAUGUUUAAGCUGAUUGGAAGGGUAAUUGCAUGGAGGGAAGGAAUAACUCAGGUCCUGCAGCAGGAAAAAAGCACACACUGAAGAACUGGAAUAUAUAUAGAAUGAGUGGAGAGGGUUAGCAUAUGAAAUUGGAAAUAGGUGGGGGAUUAUUCAUAUUAUGUAGGGCCUUGAAGGGAAUGUGAGGAUUUUAAUUUUAUAAUAUGGAGCAAUGGGAGGUUACAUUAUCAAAAUUAUUUUCAUUUUUUAAAGAUGCAUGGUUGUUAUAUGUAAACUAGUGGUUGGGCUAAAAUAGUUAUGGGUUUACCUGGUGGGAAGCAAUCCAAUGAAAAUUGAAAAUACCUUGGACAGUCUUAAGGCGAACUGAAUAUUUACCAUGUACACUUGAAUAAUCAGGACAACUAGGACUUGGAAAAUAGAGGUGAUAAAUGUUAAUACUCAGCCACACUUUUUUGAAAAGCUACUAUGAAACAAAGGGAACUGCCUGAGCUUGUUGAGGGAAGUGCUACCACCUGGUAUAGGUUUUUUAAAAAAAGACCCUAGAAAAGUUUUCUGUAGUCUGUUAAAAGAAAUACAGAUAUCUGUAUGUUUUUUGGUGGUACUAGGGAUCAAACUCAGGAGCACUUUACCAGUGACCCAUAAUCCCAACCCUUUUUGUAUUUGAGACAAGGUUUCAUGAAGUUGGUGGGGCUGGCCUUGAACUUGUGAUCCUCCUGUCUCAGCCUCCUGAGUUGCUGGGACUGGAGAUGUGUACUACUAUGCCCAGCUUUGGUAUCCCUUUUAAGUUUCCAAUUACAGUUGGGUGAUAUUUAAAAAAAAAAAAAAAGUAGUUUAAACUCCAAACUGCAAAAAAGUAUUCUACAUUGGUUAACAUUUUUUAAUUAAAAAAUAUUUUUUUAGUUGGACACAAUAUCUUUAUUUACUUUUUAUGUGGUGCUGAGGGUUGAACCCAGUGCCCCACACGUGUGAGGCAGGCGCUCUACCAAUGAGCUACAGCCCCAGCCUUACAUUUUUAUCACUAGAUGGAUGAAGAAACCUAGUGCUUAAAACAGAAUGAUUUCAUGUAAUUUUUAAUUAAAAAUAGCUUUUAUAUUCACUACAUUUACAGAUAUUUUAAGAGGACCUAAGGUAUACAAAUGUGGGCUCUGGUUUGCUUCAAUGAGUGAAAAUAAGGAUCUGCCUGAGGGCAGUUAUUUAAGAUGGCAGUGAAUGUGGACUCCUAUAGUUGAGCUAUCAAGGUAUGUUUUAUUCUCAUGUGGAUAAAAUAUGUACCAUGAAAACUCAUCCUGUAUUUCAAGAAAACAUUCACAUUUCUGCUAUAAGGUUUCCAUGAUGAAGCUGAUUUAAAAGUUUCUCAAGUCAGUUUUUUAAAAAGGAAAAUUUAAGUAUUCAUAAGAUACAAAGAUAACUUCCUACUGGAACUUAAAAUUGAGUCAAGAAUAAAUAGGGAAAUAUUUUUUAGGUUUGGGCUGCUUUUAGAUUAUAAGAAGGAAUUUAAUAAAAACUAAGAAGCUUGAUAAAACUUGCUUGAAAGAGUGUUCAUAUGAUCUUGGUUGAAAAUAACCUCACUUGUGUUAUGAAAUUGUAAGGUUUUUAUUGUAUGUAUACCUGUAAUCAAAGAAGUAAGAAUAGCUUUUUGCAGUGAUCUUUGGUGCUGAGAUUCUACUUGCCCAAGGCUCACUUUCUAUAAGUAAUCAGUGACGUUAAAAGUGCAGUUGACCUUUAUUGGUUUGGGGCUUUCAUUCAGACUGUUGUAUGAUCUAGUGGCUUAUAAUAAAUUUAUGGAUGAUAAUUUUA